GGUGGCUGGUGCCUUUUUGAAGGCAGGUGCAUCCUGUGAGGGGGCAGACAGAGUCGCCUGAUGCCGGUCUCUUUUAUUUCUUCUUCUGUUUUUCCUCUCCGUGGGAACACCUGUGCAGCGCCAUAUCUAGUCUGGGAGGCAGACACUGGAAACAAGAUAAGACUAUUGAGAUACAAAUUUGUUUUGCAAAUUGCACCUCCUCAGCUUUUACUAAGCCCUGAACUUCAUGAACAUCCAAGGUUUCAAGAAGUCUGUUUUGAUCGAAAUGUACGCAGAUAUUUUUGCUGACUUUGCAGAUUCGGUUUAAAAAGCUGCAAAGCAAAGCGACAGGCCCACUGGACUCAUAGACUGACCUUGUACGGACCAUGGAGGGGUUUGGUUCUGAGCACUUCAGUGCAGAUGCCAGCCAGCAGGUGGAUUAUCGCAGAAUUGUGGGAGAAACUCAGCCACCACGUACCAAUGUUCCAGCACUGGAGGGCGAGCUCUAUGUCCGGCAAACCUCUCAUGGCCAUGGACACGAAACGGCAGCCCAGAGGUACAGUGCCACACGCAUCCAGGCCGGUCUAGGCCCAGAAAGCAUGGCGGAUUACUUAAUCAGCGGUGGUACAGGCUACGUGCCAGAGGACGGACUCUCAGCUCAGCAGCUCUUCUCAAUCGGAGACGGCCUUACAUACAAUGACUUCCUGAUUCUCCCUGGCUUCAUCGACUUCACCUCAGACGAAGUGGACCUGACAUCAGCGCUGACCAGGAAGAUCACACUGAAGACGCCGCUCAUCUCCUCCCCCAUGGACACCGUCACAGAGUCCGCCAUGGCGAUUGCAAUGGCGCUAAUGGGAGGCAUCGGCAUCAUUCAUCACAACUGCACACCAGAAUUCCAGGCCAACGAGGUCCGCAAGGUUAAGAGAUUUGAGCAGGGCUUCAUCACAGACCCGGUCGUGAUGAGUCCACGCCACACAGUAGGAGACGUGAUCGAGGCCAAAGUAAGACACGGUUUCUCUGGCAUCCCGGUCACGGAGACGGGCAAGAUGGGCAGCAAGCUGGUGGGCAUCGUCACCUCCAGAGAUAUCGACUUCCUCUCUGAAAAAGACCACGACAGACCUCUAGAGGAGGCCAUGACAAAGAGGGACGAGCUGGUUGUUGCUCCGGCGGGUGUUACUCUGAAAGAAGCCAAUGAUAUUCUACAGCGCAGUAAGAAAGGUAAGCUCCCCAUCGUGAACAACAACGAUGAACUGGUGGCCAUCAUCGCCAGGACAGAUCUGAAGAAGAACAGGGACUACCCGCUGGCCUCCAAAGACUCGCGCAAACAGCUGCUGUGCGGAGCCGCCAUCGGCACCAGGGAGGACGACAAGUACAGGCUGGACCUGUUGGUGCAGGCUGGAGUGGAUGUGGUCGUACUGGACUCUUCACAAGGAAACUCAGUGUAUCAAAUCAACAUGAUACAUUAUAUUAAACAGAAGUAUUCAGACUUGCAAGUGGCAGGAGGAAAUGUGGUUACAGCAGCCCAGGCCAAGAAUCUGAUCGAUGCUGGUGUGGACGCUCUGAGAGUCGGGAUGGGCUGCGGCUCCAUCUGUAUCACACAGGAAGUCAUGGCAUGCGGGCGGCCCCAGGGGACCUCGGUGUACAAGGUAGCAGAGUACGCGAGGCGCUUCGGUGUACCUGUCAUCGCCGACGGUGGCAUUCAGACUGUGGGUCAUGUGGUGAAGGCUCUGUCCCUGGGGGCAUCGACUGUUAUGAUGGGCUCGUUGCUUGCUGCAACCACAGAGGCACCGGGAGAGUACUUCUUCUCAGACGGCGUGCGGCUGAAAAAGUACCGCGGUAUGGGCUCCCUGGACGCCAUGGAGAAGAGCACCAGCAGCCAGAAACGCUAUUUCAGUGAGGGAGACAAGGUGAAAGUAGCCCAGGGUGUAUCAGGCUCGGUCCAGGACAAGGGCUCCAUCCACAAGUUCGUACCUUACCUGAUCGCUGGGAUCCAGCACGGCUGCCAGGACAUCGGGGCAAAGAGUCUGUCUGUCCUCCGUUCCAUGAUGUACUCAGGAGAGCUGAAGUUUGAGAAGCGCACCAUGUCUGCACAGGUGGAGGGAGGAGUCCAUGGUCUCCAUUCUUACGAGAAGCGGCUUUACUGAACAAGGGGGGGGACGAAGUGCACACCAUCGGUGCAUGUGACACACCCGAUCUAACAGUGACCAAAUAAGAAACCGCCACUAAAAAAAAAGAAUACGCACCACCCACUACACCCUCUCUACCCUCCCCUUUGCAUCGUACCCGCUGUUACUCUCUCCCUCUCUAAACACGAUCCAAACCAGCUGCUUUGGGGAGGAAAGACGCCCCCCCUCCCCCCCCGUAGUGACGUGAGGGAACCAUCAAACUGACACCCGGCUUUCGGAACACCUGGGAUUUUGCACUCGAGAAGCGGCGCAUCAGGGUUUUCAGAACGACGUACGCCUGUGUCUUUGAACGUGCAGCCGAUUUCCCAAAUGUUGCGCACGUAUGUUCAUAGCAUCGAGAGAAAGAAGUGUGCGAGUUUGGCGAAUGGAGGGUAGUGUGUGUCUUGAGUGUGUGUGUGGUAGUUAUCCAUGAGUUCUGGGACUAACAAAUCAAAGGUGCACUUGGUGUAUUUGCCCUGCUUAUAGUAGUGAAUCUAAAACAGCCAUGGUGCAAAAUCUAUCAGCAAAUUCUUUGGCUUCUUUGCGGAUACAAGCUAACCAGCUCGCAAACCUCUCACAUCCCUUAAACACACAAGAACAUAUGUGCAGAAACACUUGUGUCUAUGUGUGUCAGUGAAUCAUUGCAUUGUUACCUUUUUUGCGUUAGAAUCCAUGACAGGUGUAGGCUACAGUACCUGUUCGCACAUAUUGUUUUCUUCAUGCAUUGUGGAUCCUGAGGUACGAAAUUUCCGCCAUGUUUAUCCCGUCGACUUUGCAUCCUGCAGUGUCGCCUACACUAAGCAGACACACCCACAGUGUUUACCUCUGUGGGUUUCUAUUCUCCCUUCAGAGACGUCCUGAGCCAAAUAACUAACUAGAGUCCCAUCCCACUGCAUUGUGUUCAUAUAUUAAGCAUGGAAGGGGACCAAAAGAUGAAGAUCAGGUAUGUUUGAUAGAGAAAGUCCUGCGAUGCAUCAAAUCAAUCAAGAAUGAGGACGUUUUCUCUGCCCGUAAUUUGAAUACUUUUAAAUAAGACAACCUUUAUAUGAACAUGUAUAGUCUUGGGAGGCUUCAAAUUGAGCAUGAAGUGUUUUUGAUAUGCAUGUUUGUUUUUUCACUAAGCCAAACACGGCUGUAUUUAUACUCUGCUUCGGUGUAUCUGCAUACAUACUGCCAAGUGUACAUACACUUCCUCUGACACUCUUCUGUUUUUGUAAUUUCAAAACCAAAUUUAGCGCAACAAGCCGCUCGUUACCUUGUCACUCGUUUCAUUCCUGCGUCUUCAGCGUGGUUUAGGUUCUCUUUUAAUAGGUGUAUUUUUUAUUUCUGAUGUAUUUCUUUUUUUUUUACCAGAGAUAUGCCUUUAAAACGGGGACGGAUGAAGGCUGCACAUGCCAGCUCAGUGAAAAUGCAAAACCUUAGACACCCUGUCGCCUCCCUUUUUCUUACUUUUUAACAGCACGUCGUGUUCGUUAUCAUUCGGCUUCUGUAGGAGUACGCUUUUCUAACAUUUUCAUACUGGAUGUGUCAUAUUUUCUUUUUGCCAGAUGUAACUUUUUUUUUUUUUAAAUAAAAUGUCCCAGAUUGUAAGUGUUGAGUUGCUGAUAAUAGUUCUCUUUUUUGCCCUGCUUUUGGUUCACUUGACUAACAAAAAGCCUUGCAGUUGGACAAAAAUUGCAAGAAAAUGUACAUGGAAAAUAUAUGGAGAAAUAUAUGCCUAUAUGUUCAGUUGAAAAUGACUGCUGCUUGUUCUCAGAUCACCCAUCUACAGAGCAAAUCCAAGAGAGAAUGUCUUAUUUGUAAAGUGCUGAGUCAUGUUAGUACAUCUAAAAAGCCCAAAUAUAGUGUUGAAUGGGAGAUUAGUUUACAAUUUUUUAUAGUGUUGCACUUUUUAUGAGUUCUGCUUCAGUGUAUUGCAAAAGCAGCCACAGUUGCAGCGGUAGCUUUUGCAAUGGACAACCAAAACCUUAAGAAGAAAAAAGCUUUUUAGAUGGAAAACACUCAGUAUUCAAUCGAUUCAUUUCGGAGUUUUGAGUAACCUCACUUCAGAACAUGUUUACAGUAAAACACUCAACACAGGAAAUGUUGCUUUUGCUGUUCAAUAUGGUAAAGAAGAAUAAAUAAAUCAAACUGUG